UAGUAGCAUAAAUUUAUAUUAGAGUUUCCUUUCCAUAGAAAAGUGUUCCUUUAUACGUCGUCUGUCAAAAUAGCGGUAAAGUGUUGUUUAUGUUAAGCCUUGGAAGAGUUCGUGUCUCCAUUUUGACGAUAGAUGAAAGAAAUUAUUCUAUUAUCUAGAAUAUGUCACAACAAACAGCUGUUGUACAAACUAGUACAGGAUCUGAUAUAACACCUGUUCUUGGAAAUUUGCAAUCUGUUGGUCCCACUAAUCAAACAUUACCAGUUAUGUCCACUAUACAAAGUAAUAACACAGUUCCCAUUUUACAAUCACAACAAACACAAAAUCAACAAUCUCAGUAUACGUCUCAAGCAUCUAAACAGCAGCAAGUAGCACAGCAUUCAUCCGUAUCGAGUUCUUGUAAUGACUUUCCACAAUUCCUCACCAAAGCACGUUUAGAAGAUUUAGUAAGAGAGGUAGAUCCGACUGAACAAUUAGAUGAAGAGGUAGAAGAAAUGCUUCUACAAUUGGCAGAUGAUUUUGUAGAAACAACCGUAAAUGCAGCAUGUCUUUUAGCUAAGCAUCGCCACGCAAAUACAGUGGAAGUCAAAGAUGUACAACUACAUUUAGAAAGAAAUUGGAAUAUGUGGAUACCUGGUUUUGGUACGGACGAGGUCCGUCCAUACAAAAGAGCAACGGUAACAGAAGCACACAAACAAAGACUGGCGUUAAUACGAAAAUCUAUUAAAAAAUAUUAAAUUUCUUAUUGUUCCUAUAUGUAAAAAAGAAAGAUUAUAGUAGCUUACUUUCAAUCACAAAUUUUAUACUUGUAUACAUUCAUGUGUUGUCAUAUGAAUUGUUAAUAUAUGAUUCAUUACAUUAA